CAAGAAUUUCACUACUUCAGUGCUGAGUGCUCAUUCAGGUUUUCAACUUGACAUGGAGAUCCCAAGGUCCAAGCCUGCACAAAAGUUUGUGAAGCCACAGUCUGCUGUUCAGUCGCCUCCCAGGAAAGGCGUGGUGAGAUAUGUUCAGCCUCAAGUUCAACAGGCCACCAAAAGCCAAUCUUGGUCCAGAGAUGAGCUGAAAGAGCGACAAGGCGACAAACUCAAGGUUACCCAAAAGCUUCCGGUAGCUGCCAAAGAGAACACUAAGAAGCCACAGGAAAUCAAACUCCAUACAGAGCAAAGAGCUGCCAGAAGAGCCCUCUUCAAUUACACGGUUGCAACCAAACUGUAUCUCAUGGAGCAGCACAAAAGGCAAGUAGAGAAGCUGCAGAAGAUGAUUGAGGAAGAAGAGGUCAGGAUGCUGAGAAAGGAGAUGAUUCCCAGAGCUCAAUUGAUGCCGUUUUUCGAUAGACCCUUCUUUCCUCAAAGAUCAAGUAGGCCAUUAACAGUCCCCAGAGAGCCAAGUUUCCACAUUGUGGGUACCAAAUGCUCAAGCUCCAUCUCUUGCAGUUAAUUUCCUUACAUUUUUCAGCAGAAUAUUGGAAGCUUCUAGCUAACUGAUGAUCGUUCGUGCUUACGAAUAAGAGUCUUCAUGGGUGUUCCUAUAUUUCAGUACCUUUUUAUCUUUUCCCUUAAUUUUGGGCCUUUUCUUUUUGCUCUCUUCUUUUGUCGCUUUGCGUAUGUUGUAAAAAUCAGUCAAUGUAUAGAUGGAUGAGUGUUAAAAUGUAAUAGUUGAGCAGCAGCUUCAUAAUUAGGAACGCUACAUGUAGUUAGAGAUGUGAGAUCAGUACUUGUUUUAUUGUGUCAAUAAAAAAUAUGCAUUUAAGCCUCUUUUUGGGGGUGGUGUUA